AUGAAGUCUUCCGUCGCCUCCAUGGCCACGGCCAUCACCCUGGGCGCCUCGACCGUCCUCGGUGCCGCAACCAACCUCAAGGCCCGCGACAGCGAUAUCACCCCCAUCACUGUCAAGGGUAAUGCCUUCUUCAAGGGCAACGACCGUUUCUACAUGCGCGGUGUCGACUACCAACCCGGUGGUUCUUCCGACCUCAGCGAUCCUAUCGCUGAUGCUGAUGGUUGCAAGCGUGACAUCAAGAACUUCAAGGAAUUGGGCCUGAACACCAUCCGUGUCUACUCUGUCGAUAACUCCAAGGACCACGAUGAGUGUAUGAAUGCCCUCGCCGAGGCCGGUAUCUACCUUGUUCUCGAUGUCAACACCCCUAAGUACUCUAUCAACCGUGCCGAACCCGAGAUGUCCUACAACGAUGUCUACCUCCAGUACAUCUUCGCCACUAUGGAGAAGUUCGCCAAGUAUGACAACACCCUGGCCUUCUUCUCCGGUAACGAGGUCAUCAACGACGGCCCCUCCUCUAAGGCCGCUCCUUACGUUAAGGCCGUCACCCGUGAUAUGCGUACUUUCCUCCGCUCUCGCAAGCUCCGCGAGGUCCCCGUCGGAUACUCCGCCGCUGAUGUCGACACUAACCGUCUCGAGAUGGCCGAGUAUAUGAACUGCGGUUCCGAUGACGAGCGUAGUGACUUCUUCGCCUUCAACGACUACUCCUGGUGCGACCCCUCCUCCUUCACUACCUCCGGCUGGGACCAGAAGGUUAAGAACUUCACCGGUUACGGUCUCCCCCUCUUCCUCUCCGAGUACGGUUGCAACAUCAACACCCGUAAGUUCCAGGAGGUCAAGGCUCUCUACUCCACCGAGAUGACCCCCGUCUACUCCGGCGGUCUCGUCUACGAGUACACCGAGGCUGGCAACAAGUACGGUCUGGUCAAGAUCAGCGGUGACACCGUCACCACCAACAAGGACUACGACGCUCUCAAGACCGCCUUCGAUGGUACCAAGAACCCCACCGGUAACGGCGGCUACAACUCCACCGGCGGUGCCUCCGGCUGCCCCAAGAUGCAGAAGCCCAACUGGGAUGUCGACUCCGACUCUCUCCCUGCCAUGCCCGCCCCCGCUAAGAAGUACCUGACCGAGGGUGCCGGCAAGGGCGAUGGCUUCGCCGGCAAGGGUAGCCAGAACGCCGGUACCAAGUCCUCCGGCACUGCCACCCAGGGCUCUGGUGAGGUCGCUGCUGCUACUGGCAGCGGCUCUGCUGCUUCCAGCACCAGCUCCACCGGCGCUGCCGCUAGCCUCAAGCCUUUCCAGUUCAGCUUCGCCCCUGCUACCGUCGGCCUCGUCACUGUCCUGUCGACUGUCUUCGGCGCUAGCUUCAUCCUCCUGUAA